CCCCCAAACCGGUUUGUCCAAGCCUCGUUCAGCGCUGCUCGUCUUCCUCUUCACGCCAUUUUCCAUUGACGACCGAGAAGACUAGACCUACCAAAGAGACGACAAUUUCAACAAUUAGACGGCAAACCACGAUUUAGUCAUGCAUCGUGACUGCCCCCUGGAUUGCAAGGUAUAUGUUGGAAAUUUGGGUAAUAAUGGAAACAAGACUGAAAUAGAGAGGGCAUUUGGCUACUAUGGCCCUCUGCGCAGUGUAUGGGUUGCCCGAAACCCCCCAGGCUUUGCCUUUGUUGAGUUUGAAGAUCCCAGAGAUGCCACUGACGCAGUGCGGGAGCUUGACGGGAGGACCAUGUGUAACUGCCGGGUGAGAGUAGAGCUGUCCAAUGGCGAGAAGCGCAGCCGUUCCCGUGGUGCACCCCCUCCAUGGAGCAGGCGUCCCAGAGAAAGAGAUGAUUAUAGACGGCGAAGCCCACCAGCCAGGAGAAGAUCACCACGCAGGAGAAGUUUUAGCCGCAGUCGAAGCAGAUCCUUCUCUAGGGAUAGGAGGAGGGAGAGGUCGCUGUCUCGGGAGAGGAACAACAAACCCUCAAGAUCCUUCUCACGCUCUAGGAGUCGCUCCAGGUCAAAUGACAGGAAAUGAACAUGUCAGAUUUAAAGGGAGCUGAAGAGUGUUUCCAACACUCUGCCGUUUCAUAUGGACAUGAUGUAGUCAUUUUGAGUUGGGUUUUUAAACAAUCAAGCAUUUUAGUGUCUCUGUCUUGUAAUUAUAUUUUCCCCAUAGCUGGGAUAGUUCAGGUGUAUUUCCUUACUCUGCCUCUUUGUUGCAUUCCAGUUUAUCAACAUCUGUCAGCAAUGUUUUUUGUUUUUGAAUGUAAAGUGUAUGAUUACAUGUUGUGUUAGUUUGAACACCAUUUUCAUUCUUCACAUGACAAAGGCUUUUUAAUAUAGAAAGUGUACGCAAGCCAAAUCAUUUAAACUUCAUAGUGAAGGUUUACAUCGGGGAAUAGUCAUUGGCUUUUAAAGUCCAAAACUAUGGGUAAAGGAAAUAAAAGCAAGCAGCGUUUUUGUUAUGAAGUUGUCAUUUAUUUUUCUCUUUGAUACUAUGUGAAUAGUGUGAUUAAAACACUGGUCGUUUACAA